UCAACACCCACCUCUAUUGACACUUUGGAUCAAACAGGAAAAUGGCAAAGAAACGCAAAGCAUCCGCUCGCGCGGAGGUGGAAAAUGCUACCGAAGGAUGGAAUGAACAAGGCGGAAAAAUGGGUCCAAUCAAUUCGUACGAGGAUGUCGCAGACUCGGAGGAUGAAUUCCACAUGAACCGGGAUAAGAUUAUGCUGGAUGAAGGGCCAGAUGCGAAGAGGAGGAGGAAGUGGCAGGAAGAAGAUGCGUUACUCGAACCGUCCGACGAGGAAAUAUUGGGCUAUUCUUCAGAGAGCGAAGAUGAUGAUAUACCCGAGCAAGCCGAUGAAGUGGCAUCAUCAGAUGAAGGAGGGGCCGAAGAAGAGGAUGAAGAUGAAGAGGGAUGGGGAUCUUCAAAGAAAGACUACUACAACAAUGACAAUAUCGAAACAGAAGCGGACGCAUUGGAGGAGGAGCAAGAGGCAAGACGCUUACAGAAGAAGCGUUUACAAAAAAUGAGCGAGGCAGACUUCGGUUUCGACGAGCUCGAAUGGACUGCCGGAAAUGAGGCCAAGGACGGAGACGACGAAGGGGAUGUAGUUACUGAGGUGUUGAAGGAUAUCGAGAUCACGCCAGAAAUGGGACCAAAGGAACGACUGAGCCUUUUACAGGCCCGGUAUCCCGAAUUUGAUUUUCUCGCCAACGAACUGCUCGAGCUUCAUCCUCUGUUAGAAGAUCUCAAACAGCAAGUGGCGUCCGAAUCGACCACCGGCGCGACGACAACUGAACCAUCCGUCACUCUCAUAAAGGCAAGGGCUCUGGCAGCAUACGUAGGCUCUCUCGCAAUGUAUUUUGCAAUCCUCAGCUCUCCUGCAAAGAGCAGUCAAGCCCUCCCCCUCAACCCAGCCGAAUUGCGAGACCACGCGGUCAUGGAGAGCCUUCUGCAAUGCCGCCAAUUAUGGACGAAUGUCAAAUCACUCAAAGCUCCGGCACCUGCACCAGCGUCCACUGAGUUAUCGGAAGAUGAAGAAAUGGAAGAUGAGCCAGUAAUUUCUAAUGGCGUCCAAUCAUCCAGCGAUGAUGAUAAACCUAAAUCGACCAAAAAAUCCCGGAAACAACUCGCAAUUGAAGCCACCUCUGCCUCCCUCGCAGACCUUGACUCCCUUCUUCCCAAGCGCACCAAGAAAGUCAGCAAACCUGUCGUUUUCCGAUCCGACGAUGAUGACUCUGAUUUCGGUGAAGAAACCGCCCUUACUGCCAAAGCCGCCGCUGAGAAAGCCACCCGUCGCAAGAAUCUCAGUUUCUACACGAGUCAAAUUGCGCAGAAAGCCAACAAGCGUGGAGAGAAGGGCCGCGAAGCCGGUGGUGAUAUGGAUCUACCGCAUAAGGAGCGCUUGCGAGACCGCCAGGCACGACUCAACGCCGAGGCCGAAGCGCGGGGGAAGAAACUCGAUGAAUACGGCCGAGGAGGGAAGGGUGUCGCUCUUGGUGCUGGAAGCGAUAGCGAGGAUGACGACGCUGGGGUAGCGAAGGAACUUCGUGGCGAAGAGGAUUCUUACUACAACCUCAUCUCCAAAACGUCGCAGGAUAAGAAACAAGCCAAGGAGGAGCACCGCGCAGCGAUCCGGAAGGCGAAGGAACAGAAUAGUCUGCUGAGAGUGGUGGAGGGUGAGAUGGAUGAGGAAGGCAAGAGAGCGAUCGGGUAUGUGAUAGAGAAGAACAAGGGAUUGGCGCCCAAGCGGAGGAAGGAAGUCAGAAACCCGAGAGUGAAGAAGAGGAUGAAGUUCGAGGAGAAGAAGAAGAAGCUGGCGAGUAUGAGAGCCGUGUAUAAAGGGGGUGAGGAGAGAGGCGGGUACGGAGGUGAGAAGACCGGUAUCAAGACGGGCCUGGUUAAGAGUAUCAAACUUUGA